AUGGCAACCUUCUGCACACUGUUAUCUCCUGGAAUCAGCAAUGAGAUUUUGAUUAUCCCACAAGAGUUUCAGAAGCAUAUAUUGAAUGAGCUUUUAGAGCUAGCACUUUUGAAGAUAAAAUAUUUUUCACAUUGUGCAUGGAACAUUAGAGUACAUCAAAUUGGAACCAAUAUUUAUCUGAAGGAAGGCUGGAGGGAGUUUUUAGAAGAUCACUCCAUUGGCGACGGUGAGCUCUUGAUAGUCAGAUAUGAUGGACGUAUGCAAUUCAGUAUACAGAUAUUUGACAAGAAUCAUAUUGAGAGGAUCGAUUUUCCUGAUACCGAAAUACAGGAUGAAAAUCUGGCUUUUGCUAACGAUUCAGCUUCUGUUGGAAACAUUCCGAGUUGCCAGUCCAGUGAAUUCAAAGAGAUUAACAAAGGGGAAGCUGCCGCAUUCACCAAUUCAGAGUUCCCUUCGUUUACAGUUACUAUCCCGGACUACUGUUAUGGUCUGAGAGUUCCAGCAGACUUCAGUAGGAAGCAUCUUACUCAGGGCACCUACAAUUUGGUGAAACGUUCAAAGGGACAGAAAUGGAAAGUAAAAGUCGUCCGUUUAUGCACUUCAGUUAAACUUUCUGGAGGGUGGGCAAAGUUUAGACGUGCUAAUCAAGUCAAGUGCGGAGAUAUUUGCACAUUUAAGCUCGUGGAAAGAAAGACCUUGGUGGUUCAUGUUGUUCCGAAGUGA